AUGGAGAAUUAUCAGAACCAGUACGGAGCAACCCGCCGCACCACCGGCGAGUACGGGACCCACACCGACCCAGCGGUGGGCCAGCAGGUAGACGAGUACGGCAACCCGAUAAUCCAUCCCUCGGCUGCACCCGGCUAUGGCGCUGCCGGUACUACUACCACCGGUGUCGGACUUCAUCAUGGAAAAGAAGCUGGCCAUCAUGGAAUCGCCGGGAAGCUCCAUGGCUCCGGCGGCAGCUCAUCCAGCUCCAGCUCAUCGGAGGACGACGGGUACGGAGGGAGGAGGAAGAAGAAGGGACUGAAGCAGAAGAUUAAGGAGAAGAUCCCCGGGGUCCACAGUAGUAGUGGGGAACCUGAGCAUCCACAGGCUACUUCCACCACCACGCCCGGCGGCUACCAUUCCGCCGACGAGCCUCAUCACAAGAAGGGAGUGAUGGAGAAGAUCAAGGACAAAGUCACUGGCACCCAUCACAACUAUUAA